AUGACCACAGAUAGUGGCCACGAAACAACAUUGCCAGACGAAGUGAUAGCACUGCUCGAACUUGGACCGGAACGCUCGGACGACGUGAAUGCGUCACUGAAGACACUACUCAAUAAGUUCACGACCUCCCCUCGUAGCGAACCCGUUGGAGAAGCACUGCAAGUACUGGGUACCGCAGUUGGGAGACAAAAGGCAUGGCAAGAAUGCUUUCGGGAAGCAGGUCUUCUUGAAUACGUGCUACACAAUCUAGGUGAUGUGAGCAUACCAUUUGCCUUGCGCAAGCAGUACCUGCGAAUCAUUGGGAACUGCGUCGCGGACAAUGACAUAAACCGAGAGGUCGCCACCAAAGACAUCUCCAAGCUUGUCGAUUGCUUGCCAUCAGAUGAUCUUACACCGAUCGCUCUUGCGGUACUUUUCAACCUCUGCAAUGAAUUUGAUCCGGCUAAGGCUGCUGCUGCCGUGAUCAGGCUCGACUUCACGCUAUCUGGGUACCUUGCUGGCCACCGGAUACCGGACGCUGCACUCGACUACGCAACCGAGCUUCUGUCAUGGACCACCGAAAAGCUCACGGCAGCCCAAUUCAAUGACGACGUAUCACUAGAUACGUUCAGCGACCUGGUCAAAGUGACGUUGAACUACGACGAAGAUCAUUACCAUGAGUAUGUUGCGAUCCUGGUCCACUACUUACAGGACCCCGAAUUUCAGGCGAAGGCUGCGACCCAGGGAAUGCUUGGCGAUAUGGUAACCCUAAUGCUGGACUUCGAAUCUCGUCUUACAGCAGCUGAAGUUGAAGCCGUAUUUGAAGAGUUGGCCAUUUCCAAGAGUCCCGAAAAGAAAACGCCGGACAGCACAAGUGUGAUCCUUGCGGCUCAAUUGAUCGGGAACAUAUCAGCAAUAUCAGCGACCGAUACAUUCGCACAGCGCUUCAAUGUCAGAAGCCAAGUAAUUGAGACGAUCCGAGCCAAACUCAAUGCAUCUCCCUCGCCAUGCACAAUAUGUGCAUGCGUCAUGCUCGGCAACCUGGCAAUGUCAGACGAGGUAUGCACAGACAUGGUUAGGAUCAUGGAGCUUCACCUUCCACUGGCCAGAAUUCUGGCAUCAAGCUCCAAGCCGGCGCUCCUCUACGCUGCGGCAGGGUUCAUGCGGCAUCUCGCCUUCCCUGAAGCCAACAGAGCUUUACUUGCAGAUGCCGGCCUUCUCCAGACUUGCAUGGCUCUGCUCAAACAGACAGAUGCUGCUGUACGCGGCGAGUCGGCGGCCAUCAUUGGAAAGCUCGUUACAAGCAAUCUGCACAACAUCAUCAAGGUCGUCUGCGAAAAGGUCGGUGAGACUGUCAUUCCGGACGCGCACCCGAUCGUAGGUGUAGAGGCCUCUUCCGAAUCGACGAUCCUCCAUCAGAUUGUUGACCAGGCACUUGUGCCUGCAGGACCACUGCCUAGCACUGCAAUGAAGAACCCAACAAUCGAGCUCAGCCGUUCUAUCGUCACGAUCUUGCGAUUCCUCGGAAGGCCAAGCGCCGAAGACAAUGUCGAUGCUAUUAGAGAGCAGAUGCUAGAUGUGCCUCUGAUCGCCCGACCUCUGGCUAAGCUCGUGCGCCAAAGAUUCUACGCUGAUGCUAGAUCCGAAGGCCUGCUAGGCCUAGGACUGAUAGCGCAAACACCAAAUGGGGCAAAGCUGGUGCUGGAUGAGGUCAGCGAAGACGACGGGUUGCUGGACGCCAUUAGGGAGUUCGCUGAAGGCAAAGAUGGUGGAGCUGGACAGCAGGUUGUGUCUUCUUCGGGACGAGACUAUCAGAACGCAGUCGUUCUUCUGCAAGCGAUGCAGAACAACUGGGUAAGCUCCUACGAGAAUCAACCGUGA